AUGCAGGCAGCUUCACGCCCCUCCCCGAGCAAAGCAACAGCCUACUCGGUCUGCGUCGGACAAGACCAGGAUCGCAUUUUGCAGUUUCGGCUCAAGUCCUCUCCUCUGGAUGCGGAUUCCAUCAACUUGGCACAGCGAAUCUAUGGAUCCCGCGUCCCGGCUGUUGUAGUCGAGGCCCAGCUGGGUGAUGACGACGGUGAGACACCGCCAGUGCUGGUUUAUUCGAUAGAUUGCGUGCGCGGGACUGAUUUCUCGUCGUUUUUGUUGUAUCGUGAUGAAGCUAUGCUCACGUCGAUGGAGAGGAACGCUGCUUGUCGUAGAAACCUGACGAGAGAUUUUGCACAUUUCUUCGCUGCAGCAUGGAACUCCCCUAGACAACUCAGUGAAGAAGACCACGCCUUGGACAAACAGAUGCAUAUUGACAAUUUACAGAGCCUAUUAUGCUUACCAGCAGAGUUCCAUCCCAUUAUCCAAGCAUGUGUCAAACAGAUAUAUGCCAUCAUGCGCCUCCCCAUGGUGGUAUACCAUACAAACCUUGCCAAAGAAGAUUUCACCGUAGAUCGCGAAUACCAGCUCGUCGGCAUCUUGAGCUGGUCGAGACUAGCCAUUGGCCCCUUUGGGCUCAACCUCCACAGCCUCGAAGAAAUCUACGGCCACUUUAGUUUGCAGUAUGGACGAUCCAACUUUUCUGACCACAAGGACUUAUAG